AUUGCACGGAAACAUUGAGUGCUGAUUUCUAAUGGGGACAUUUGAACAAGGAGUUUAGGAACACAACUAUUUUGACAUUACUCAUUCAAGUAGGAAAUUCAUUCAGCAUUAAAUAUAUUACUUGAAACAGGAAGGAAUAUAAAUGAAGGAAAUUAAGUAAAUGGUGUGAAGCCUUUAAUUAGUGCAAAAGAGGAAUUGUUUGGAGGAAUUUAAAAAAGUUGAAUUUGUACUUGAUCUUGGCUUCUGUUGACCAAGAAUGGUUGAGUUCAGUCUAAUAGAGGCUUUCAAUGUCUUGUCAUUUUUUGAGCUUUGAAUAUUAUUUUUACUUAAUGUUAUUGACUUAUUUUCCUUAACACAGUGGAUGGAUGAACUCUGUCUGAAGGAUUGUGCACAUUUAUCUUAAAUAAUCAGUAAAUUUCUUAAAGGUUAAUGUACUGUUUUAGCUGCUAGUUUACAGUGUGUAUUUUAAUGUGUAAGGAAGUGUUCCGAGAAAUGUCAUAGUGCAAUGUUUAUUAACUAUCUAACUAUUCUACAGUGGAUGAUCUCAAAUUUUGACUGUUGUUGAUGGUAGAUGUAAUAUUACAGAUUUUGAUCAGUGUUUUAAUGGCAUGAUUUCUGUUGACACUGAAUAACAAUAUUGUGUCUAAACUCUACAGAGUGAAGUGGAUGUUUGAGUGUUUAGCGAGUCAUGUUGCAUAUUACAGGAAUUAACAAUGUAUCCUGGUGAUAGUAUUCCAUUAGCUCCUGUGACAUCUGCUUGGGAACAGAGAAGGGAGGUAAAUCUUGAAAUAUGGAAAAGGAUGCCAAAGAGUUGGAGUCGUUUAUAGAGCCAGCGACAUACGAUGAGUUAGAUGCUACAGAAUACCAGCCAAUGCCUCAUGCAUUAGGCUCAGAAACCACGGAGGAAGUACAACCACAAAAUGAAAGAAUCAUCUACAUCAACUCUUCACAGCCCAGCAAAUACUGCUCAAAUAAAAUCUGCACAGCCAAGUACAGCUUGAUAUCAUUUUUGCCAAAGUUCUUGUUUGAACAAUUCCGUAGAUAUGCCAACAUCUUUUUUCUCUUCAUUGCAUUACUACAGCAAAUUCCCAAAGUAUCACCUACAGGAAGGUACACUACAGCAGUUCCAUUGUUAUUCAUUCUCUCAGUAUCAGCCAUCAAAGAAAUCAUAGAAGAUUAUAAGAGACAUAGGGCAGAUGACGUAGUUAACAACAGAAAAGUUUCAGUAUUACGCAAUGGAGUAUGGCUGAUGUUGAAAUGGAAGCAGGUUGUUAUAGGGGAUAUUGUCAAGAUCAUCAAUGGACAGUUCUUUCCAGCUGAUCUCAUACUUUUAUCAUCUAGUGAGCCCCAGGCUAUGUGUUACAUAGAAACUUCUAAUUUAGAUGGAGAGACAAAUCUCAAAAUCAGACAGGGUUUACCACAGACAGCCAAGCUGUUAAAUAAAGAGGAUCUGUCAGAGUUAACAGGGACCAUAGAAUGUGAGCCACCAAACAGACAUUUACUGGACUUUGUCGGAAAUAUACGACCAUCACGUAGACAAGCUAUACCACUAGGUCCAGAUCAGCUGUUACUUAGGGGAGCAAUGCUGCGGAAUACUAACUGGAUAUUUGGUAUUGUGGUAUAUACAGGUCCUGAGAGCAAAUUAAUGUUGAAUUCCACCUCUGCUCCUUUAAAAAGAUCAAAUGUUGAAAAAGUAACAAAUCUACAGAUACUGUUUUUGUUUGGUAUUCUGUUAUUGCUGUCCCUGAUUUGCACUGUAGCUAAUCUGAUCUGGUCAGGGCAACACAAGGAUGGGCACUGGUACCUAGGAUAUGAUGAUCUGCCACCUUCAAACUUUGGCUAUAACUUCCUGACUUUCAUCAUUUUAUUCAACAACCUUAUACCUAUCAGUUUACAAGUUACACUAGAAGUUGUGAAGUUUAUACAAGCUAUAUUUAUAAACUGGGAUCUGGACAUGUAUUGUGAGGAAACAGACACACCAGCAAUGGCACGUACUUCAAAUCUGAAUGAAGAAUUAGGACAGAUAAAAUAUAUAUUCUCUGACAAGACGGGAACAUUGACACGGAAUGUUAUGACAUUUAGGAAAUGUUCUGUUGCUGGUAUAAUGUAUGGGAACAAUGAGGAAAGUGAAGGGGCGUUCAAUGAUGAUACACUGAUACAGAAUCUUAAACAAAAUCAUGAUACAGCUGCAGAGAUACAAGAGUUUCUGACACUACUAGCAGUAUGUCAUACUGUGGUACCUGAGAAAUCUCCGGACUCCACAAUCAUUUAUCAGGCUUCAUCACCAGAUGAAGGUGCACUUGUAAAGGGAGCUAAACAACUUGGUUUUGUAUUUUCUGCAAGAACACCAGAUGCUGUUGUUAUAGAUGUCUUUGAUAAAGAGGAAAGAUAUGAAAUACUGAACGUACUGGAAUUUACAAGUGACCGAAAGAGGAUGUCUGUGGUUGUGAGAACUCCAGAAGGCAAAAUAAAAUUGUAUUGUAAAGGAGCUGACACAGUAAUAUACGAGAGACUUGAAGACAAACACAGAUACAGCGAUAUAACACUACAGCAUUUAGAACAGUUUGCCCACCUCGGGUUACGUACAUUAUGUAUUGCCUCGACUGAGGUAAAUGAAGAGUUCUAUGACGAAUGGAAACAUACGUAUUAUAAAGCUAGUACAUCCAUACAGAACAGGGAGAAAAAGCUCGAGGAGGCUGCUGAACUUAUUGAAAGGAACUUAAAUCUGAUUGGUGCUACAGCUAUUGAAGAUAAGUUACAGGAUGGAGUUCCUGAUACCAUAGCUAAUCUUGCCAAAGCUGACAUUAAGAUCUGGGUACUAACCGGCGAUAAACAGGAAACUGCCAUAAAUAUAGGUUAUUCAUGUAAACUGCUUACACAGGGAAUGCCCUUACUUCUUAUCAAUGAACAUAGUUUAGAUGGCACUAGAGAAGUAUUGCGAAAGCAUGUAGAAGAAUUUGGUGACCUUAUCAAGAAGGAGAAUGAGGUAGCUCUCAUCAUUGAUGGAAAGACAUUGAAGUAUGCUUUGGCGUGUGACUGUAGACAAGAUUUUCUGGAUAUUGCGGUAUCAUGUAAAGCAGUUAUCUGUUGCAGGGUAUCACCACUACAGAAAGCUGAGCUGGUAGAUCUGGUGAAGAAGUCAUGUAGUGCAAUAACACUGGCUAUAGGAGAUGGUGCGAAUGAUGUAGGGAUGAUACAGGCAGCUGAUGUUGGUGUUGGUAUCAGUGGGGUUGAAGGGCUACAGGCAGCAUGUGCAUCAGAUUAUGCCAUUGCUCAGUUCCAAUUUCUCAACAAGUUGUUGCUGGUGCAUGGAGCAUGGAGUUACAGCCGACUGUGUAAACUUAUUCUAUAUUCUUUCUACAAGAAUAUAUGUUUAUAUGUGAUUGAGUUCUGGUUUGCAUUACAAAACGGCUUCUCUGGUCAGAUCCUGUUUGAGAGAUGGACAAUUGGAUUUUAUAAUGUGAUAUUUACGGCAGCUCCACCCCUAGCGAUGGGUUUGUUUGAUCGUUACUGUAGUGCUGAGAGCAGAAUAAAGUUCCCAGAGCUUUAUAAAUCAUCUCAAAAUGCUCAACAGUUUAAUGUUAAGGUAUUUUGGAUGUGGAUUGCUAAUUCUAUAUUCCAUUCCAUUCUACUAUUCUGGAUGCCUAUAAUAGCUUUACAGCAAGACAUAGCAUUCUCGGAUGGAAAAGUGGGGAACUAUUUAUUUGUUGGAAAUUUUGUUUAUACUUAUGUUGUAGUCACAGUAUGCCUGAAAGCUGGGUUAGAAACCAGUGCUUGGACAUGGUUAACACAUUUAGCUAUAUGGGGCAGUAUAGGAAGCUGGUUCCUGUUUUUGAUAGUAUACAGCCAUGUGUAUCCAACCAUAAACCUGGCACCAGAAAUGGUUGGUAUGGAUCGGUAUGUUCUUGGUUGUUCAAUAUUCUGGAUGGGACUACUUCUUAUACCAUUUACCUGCCUCAUCAGGGAUUUAGCGUGGAAAGUAUUGAGACGUACAAUGUUCAAGACAUUGAGAGAAAAGGUUCAGGAGGCAGAGAUAGCACAUGUUGAUCCUACUACCAUAGUGCUUAGAUCUACCAGGAAGAAACUUACAGAAACAGCGAGGUUGUUACGCAAUGUGUUCUCUCGGUCUAUGAACAGAGUACCUGCCGGGGAUCAGCCACCUCCAUCGCCCACACCAUCACGUGGCUAUAUAGAGGAAAUUCCCUGUGAUGGGUUUGCAUUUUCACAGGAGGAGCAUGGCUCUAUUGCUCAGGCUGAAUUGAUCCGAGUGUAUGACACAACAAAAGAAAAACCAACAGGACACUAGUCAAGGGGAACAACAGUCUGUAUGAAAGCUAUACAGUUAUGUACCAUACGUUAUGUUGUGCUAUAAAUACACUACACAAGAUUGAAAGCAUUAAAAGUGCUCAGCUUUUGUGUUCAGAACAUGUAUGACUGUUAAACAUCAUGCAGCUUGUUGUAGCUGAAAUAUCAGGAAAAACUUUUAACUGCGGGGAAGAGAAUUGUGAAUACAAGAAAUAAUUGAUAGCCAAAUGCAUUCUAAAAACUGCAAAAAGGCAAUAUAUCGUCUGCUGCUACAGAAUGUUUAUUGCUGUUAUCAUUCAGUUAUGGACAUGAAAUAUUAUAUUUGAUGAAUUAAAUAAGCAAAGUUGUUGAAAGUUGAACUAUCUUUAAUGAAAGGGCAGUAAAUGUGUAAGAGUUGUUAGUUUUAGCUGUCUUACUUAUUUGUCAGCUUUUUAGAAGUUUUGCAUGCAUUUAUUUUAGAAUAAUUUGUUAAUUGAUUGAAGUACCAGUAAACCGUGCAUACAUAUAUUUUCUUAGAAAUUCCGCUAUUAUUCUUUGUAAUUAAGUUAUUAUGCGCAUACAUCAUAGAUUAUUUGGAAAUUGUUAUACCCAUGUACUGAAACAAAUAUCUAUAAAAAAGAACGGAUUUGAAACUCUUGUACAAAGAAAGAGUGAAUUCUCGCAAACUUUAGUGAGAUCACGUUUAUAGAUGAAACCACUUUUAAAUCAUUAACAUUUCACUUUGUUUAAAUUUUGAAGUGUUUGAUAAAAUUUAUCAUGGUGAUUCCUGAUUUCAUGAGAAAACAUCCAGUUGCGAUUAUUUAUUUAUUACUGCUUUGAUUUAAACAAGGUUUUAGACUUAAGUAGAAUUUUAAGCUGCUGUGUGUUGCUUAGAGUGAAAUAAUUGUAUGUUUGUAGACUAUGUUUAAGUGCAAUACACAGUCAUCGUGUUGUGAUUUGUGCAAUAUGUUAAUGGGUUGUAUUUUCUGUCUCUUAGUUUCAACAUAAUUAAUAGUGUGUCAAUAUAAGAUUCUUUCACAGGUUGUUGGUGCAGAUUGGAAUAUCCGGCCUCGAGGGUAACUGUUUAGGCGGUAACGAGGCUCCCUGCCGAGUUACCGCCUAAACAGUUACCCAAGAGCCAGAUAUUUCCAUCUGCAUCUAUAACCAGUGACAGAAUCUUUUUCUUGCAUACCGAUUUCAAGAAAUGAUAAUAAAAAUAAAAUCAAUUGAACAGCUUUCUUUUUAGAACUAUUUCUUAUAGCAGUGUAUUUAAACAAAGCACGGGAAAGCAAUGUCCGUAAACAGGAAAGAGCGUCAUGACGUUUCAAAACAAAUAACAAUGUUUAGUUCCCGUUUUGUUAUAUCAGUUGCAGCGUAGCAUUAUGAAUUUUUGAUAAAAUAACGUGAUUUGAAUCGAGAAAUAUAUUAUCAGGAACCAAUAGGAACUGUCAAGGUAUUGAAUUUUUAUUCCGUUUUUUAAAUAAAAUAUAAAUUACUACAUAAAUCUUCUACAUAUAUGUAGUUCGUAAUACGUCAUUUGCAGCAGGAGAGUCAUCUUACACCCCGGGGUGUAAGAUGGAUUUUUCUAGCACCGGUAAAAAUACCGGAAAUCCCCGUCUGGUAUGCAAGAAUACCUGAAGGAGCUCAAAGGGACCAAAGUAAUUUGUGUAAAUGGUGUUGUCCUUUUUGUACAAAACAGUUGGUUUUUGAAGCACUUAACCUUUAGCCUGCUGGCGGCAAGUGAUUCUGCCUUUACAACCAGUGCAGACCAAGAUCAGCCUUCAUGUCCAUGCAGGCUGAUCAUGGUCACUGCACAGUUCACUCUUCAGUCAGUAAAUUUUCAGUGAACACCCCUUUGAAUAAUAAGUAGCACUGCCGAAAUUGACUGAUGGACCAGUCCAUUUUAGAAAUUUAGCAGGGUAAAGGUUAAAGAAAUGCAGUUAUAAAUUUACUAGAGAAGUACUGUUAUUUGUAACAUAUUUAUGUCUUUUCCCUUCUGGGGGAGACAUAUUGUUUUUGCCCUGUCCGUCCGUCCUUCCGUACGUCACACUUCAUUUCCGAGCAAUAACUGGAGAACCAUUUGACCUAGAACCUUCAAACUUCAUAGGGUUGUAGGGCUGCUGGAGUAGACAACCCCUAUUGUUUUUGGGGUCACUCCGUCAAAGGUCAAGGUCACAGGGGCCUGAACAUUGAAAACCAUUUCCGAUCAAUAACUAGAGAACCACUUGACCCAGAAUGUUGAAACUUCAUAGGAUGAUUGGGCAUGAAGAGUAGAUGACCCCUAAUGAUUUUGGGGUCACUCCAUCAAAGGUCAAGGUCACAGGGGCCUGAACAUUGAAAACCAUUUCCGAUCAAUAACUAGAGAACCACUUGACCCAGAAUGUUGAAACUUCAUAGGAUGAUUGGGCAUGAAGAGUAGAUGACCCCUAUUGAUUUUGGGGUCACUCCGUCAAAGGUCAAGGUCACAGGGGCCUGAACAUUGAAAACCAUUUCCGAUCAAUAACUAGAGAACCACUUGACCCAGAAUGUUGAAACUUCAUAGGAUGAUUGGUCAUGAAGAGUAGAUGACCCCUAUUGAUUUUGGGGUCACUCUGUCAAAGGUCAAGGUCACAGGGGCCUGAACAUUGAAAACCAUUUCCGAUCAAUAACUAGAGAACCACUUGACGCAGAAAGUUGAAACUUCAUAGGAUGACUGUACGUGCAAAGCAGAUGACCCCUAUCGAUUUUGGGGUCACUCCGUUAAAGGUCAAGGUCACAGGGGCCUGAACAUUGAAAACCAUUUCCGAUCAAUAACUAGAGAACCACUUGACCCAGAAUGUUGAAACUUCAUAGGAUGAUUGGUCAUGAAGAGUAGAUGACCCCUAUUGAUUUUGGGGUCACUCUGUCAAAGGUCAAGGUCACAGGGGCCUGAACAUUGAAAAACAUUUCCGAUCAAUAACUAGAGAACCACUUGACCCAGAACGUUGAAACUUCGUAGGAUGAUUGGACAUGCAGAGUAGAUGACCCCUAUUUAUUUUGAGGUCACUUGAUCAAAGGUCAAGGUCACAUGAGCCUGAACAGUGACUUGAGAACCACUAGGCCAAGAGUGUUGAAAUUUAGCGGGAUGACUGGACAUGCCAAGUAGAUGAUCCCUAUUGCAGCCAACCAUCAGUGUCUCUUUGACUUUAGCUCCUGACUCCUAUUGACUUCUUGCCUAUAGGACUUUGCAUUGGGGGAGACAUGUGCUUUUUUACAAAAGCAUUUUCUAGUUUAAGUUUAAAGUAAAAUAGACUUAAUAUUUUUUAUCCAGUAGUUAAUAUAUAAUUCAACCAUGGUAUCGGUCUACAGUUCUUAAAGGCAUCUGUUUCUUGUGAAUGUUACUGGUACAGCACAAGGACUUUAUCACAGCUGGCACAUUUUGUUGCCCUUAUUAAAGAUUUAAGGGAAUGAUUAUUUUAUUUUUUUUAUUAUCUAAGGAGUCUUGGUAACCCUAGCAAACCAUUUAUUUCUGUAAGGUUUUUUUAUGUUUUUUUUUUUCUUGUAAAAAGGAAUUUUAUAUCAUUUAACUCUAGAUCUGAUAACCCCAGCAAAUACUUCCUUUGUGUAAGAUUUUUUUUUUCUACAAAAAAUUCUCUUUUCUUUCUGGUGAAUUUUUUUUGUUAUAAAACUACAGAUGUGUUGAUCCAGGCAGAGAAAUAUAUGACUGUUGUAUAAAUGAUUGGGUAUGUUGUGAGAAUUAUGUUAGUUAUGUCCAUCUGUGAUAUCAUGGUAUUUUCUUUAGUUCUGUCUUGCAGAUUUUUAUGAUUAUUUUAAGCAGUAUUCCCUUAUGUACUACUAUGCAUGGUGUGGAAAGUUAUUGAGGGUUGGUGCUUUUAAACACAUAAAGAUUUGAGCCGUACCAUGGGAAAACCAACAUAGUGGGUGUGCGACCAGCAUGGAUCCAGACCAGCCUGCGCAUCCGCGCAGUCUGGUCAGGAUCCAUGCUGUUCGCUAAUAGUUUCUCCAAUUCCAAUAGGCUUUAAAAGCGAACAGCAUGGAGCCUGACCAGACUGCGCGGAUGCGCAGGCUGGUCAGGAUCCAUGCUGGUCGCAUACCCACUAUGUUGGUUUUCUCAUGGCACGGCUCAUUUAUGUAUAUAUUUAUGAGACUUGAUUUUGUGGUAAUGCAGAUAUAAAGAAAUACUGUACUGGGAAACGACUGUUUUGGAAUUUAUGAAAAUUCUUGAAUUAAAGAUGUUAAGUACAUGUAUACAGACUGACAUGUGUCUGUAAGUUUCAGAAACAGGUACUGCGGUGUUGUUAAGCUACCUUGAUCAUCUGUCAGACAUUGAAGACUGCCGCUGUCAACAAUCCAGCCUACAUAUGUGAGACCUGGCAGAACUAUUUUGUCUUUGGUCUUAAUAAAUUUCCAUGUCCAAGCAUAGUAGUAUAUUUUUACAUUAUGUAUUUUGUAGAUGAGAUUGCACUUUAUUUUGCUUGCUAAUACUCUAAAUGCCUAUAGUUUUAAGUUUUCUUUACUUAAACCUUGCCUUUUGAUUCCGUUUCUCAGAUUUAAAUGGUUUAUUAAUGAAACUGUUUCGGUUUUUCAUAUUUAAAUGGUUUAAUAAUGGAACUGUUUCGGUUUCUCAUAUUUAAAUGGUUUAUUAAUGGAGCUGAUUCAGUUUCUCAGAUUUAGAUGGUUUAUUAAUGGAGCUGUUUCGGUUUCUCAGAUUUAAAUGGUUUAUUAAUGGAACUGAUUCAGUUUCUCAGAUUUAAAUGGUUUAUUAAUGGAACUGUUUCAGUUUCUCAUAUUUAAAUGGUUUAUUAAUGGAGCUGAUUCAGUUUCUCAGAUUUAAAUGGUUUAUUAAUGGAACUGUUUCAGUUUCUCAGAUUUAAAUGGUUUAUUAAUGGAGCUGAUUCAGUUUCUCAGAUUUAAAUGGUUUAUUAAUGGAGCUGAUUCAGUUUCUCAGAUUUAAAUGGUUUAUUAAUGGAUCUGAUUCAGUUCUCAGAUUUAAAUGGUUUAUUAAUGAGCUGAUUCAGUUUCUCAGAUUUAAAUGAUUUAUUAUGAGUGAUUCAGUUUCUCAGAUUUAACUGAUUUAUUAAUGGAGCUGUUUCAGUUUCUCAGAUUUAAAUGGUUUAUUAAUGAAACUGUUGCAGUUUCUCAGAUUUAAAUGGUUUAUUAAUGGAACUGUUUCAGUUUCUCAGGUUUAAAAAGUGUAUUUGUAGAACUGUAAGUGAAAGGAUAAUUUUGACUGCAGUGUUUUUAUAUACAUUUGUAUUUUGUAUGCAUUUUGUUGUAAGCAUGGCAUGUCUGUUUAAGAUAUUGAAAAGGCUGAAAUAUAUUGAAACUGAUCAAUACGUAAAGGAAAAUACACAGCAUGAUUUCAGAUCUACUUUAACCUUCAGCCUGCUGUCGGCAAAUGAUUCUGCCUUUGCGACCAGUGUAGACCAAAACCGUCUGCGCUAAUGGAUGUUCAGUCAGUAAAUUUUCAGUGAACACCCCUUUGAAUUAUAAUUGGUACUGCCCAGAUUGAAUGAUGGACCAGUCCAUUUUAGAAAUAUAGCAGGGUAAAAGUUAAUAACUCAGAUAUAAGUUUAAAAUGAAUACCUAAAAGAUUAAUAAUGCACAAAAAUUUGAAAUUAACGAAGUUUAGCAUGGAGUAAGCUGAUGAUUCAUUAAAAUUAUGGAAGAACAUCAGGAGAGGUUAUUUAGAACAGCGCAAAAAUGUUGACAAAACUAUUCUUGACAUUAUUUUGCAGAGAAAAUUUACCAGUCUGAGUAAUGUUUUAGAUUAGGUGUUCUUUUGUUGUUUAUUUUGCUUUUAUACGGAAUAGGAAGGAAAAGCAAAAAAAGAAAAUAAAAAAUCUUAAUCUAAAUUUUAUAAAUUAUUUAUUCGUGACCAACUGUUUCUUUAUUGUAGACGUUUAGUUCUAAUAGUUAAUAAUCAAAAAUAGAUCUAUGUUUAUAUUAAAUUUAGAAUAUAUACAUGUAAUUUUUUGUGACAGUUUUGCUCAAGAUAUACAUGUAAUUUAUUUAUCUGUAACCACUUUACACACAUCAUUCAUAUUGCUAUUUCUUUUCUAAUUGAUGCAGAUGUAAUUUUGAUUUGAAGUGAUUGAUGUGUGUCAUGCUUUUUAUUAUGUAUGGGUAAAAGUUGUUUAGUAUGUUAAACCUAUAUUUGUUGAUAUAUGUGAAAUAAAAUGUGUCGAUAUAAACCUUUAAAAAUUUGUAGUUUUGCAUAAAGGUGAUGGACCAAUACUGAAAAUCGGCAAAUAUGAUUACUUAUUCACAUAUCCUAUGUCGGCACUCUUCGGCCUUGCAUGUAGCACAUGCAAGAAUAGUUGCUUUUCAUAGCAAAUGCUGAAAUCCUUCGCUGAGAAUAUGUUAUAAGACUGAAAGUUCUGGUACAACUAUCAUUGCAAGUCUACUGCAGUAACUUAAAAAGUUUAUGAAUUGAAAUUAUUAUGCAAAUCUGUUUUAUCUACAGAUGAACUAUGGAAAAUUUAUUUGCAUGAAACUUCCAGAAAUCUUGUCAUCAACUUUUUGCCGAGUUGUUUUAAUUUAUGAAAAUGCAAUUUGCUUUCAUUAAUAAAAAGUUUUCAUAGACUUAUUAAUUGGAAAUGAAUUUUCUAAUAUUGACUUGCAUCACAAUUUUGUUAAUAUUUCAAAAUGAAAUAAGACUGCAUUUACAUACUUAAAGUAUUGUAAGCUGCAUAUUUUUCAUGGCACUUCUGUUUCUCAAUUUGUUAGACAAAAAAGUCAUAACUGUACAACUUUAGGGAUACAUCUAUCUGUUUUGACUGUGUCUGUUUGCGAAAAUAAAAUUGGAGCUAUAAGCAUCCAUUUUACAGUACUGUUUAUCAUACAUGCCAUAUUUUCAGACGGUCAAUAAGGGAGAUUUGUCUCAACAGGGCAUUUUUUAAGGGAGAUUUGGGUAAAAAUAAGGGAGACUUUUAUUUGCUCAUUUUUACAUGCUAAGUAGCCGUUUUCAUGAAAAAAUCAUGAAGUAUUCUAUAUUGAAUUGAUGAGUGGAGUCAACAGUUGUGUACAGAAUGCAUGAUUAUUACUUAUAGCACUUUACUUAAUCCAAGAAAAUUCAGAAUUCCAUGAAAGACUGAACCAGGAACUUUGUUUUUGCUUUAUGUGUUGAUGCUUCUGCAUUUGGGAAGAGUGAUCUUUUUGACAUGUUUAAGCAUACAAUACUCAAAAGAUUGCGGAGAUAUCAUGUCAAAACAGUCUUUUAAGGGUAGUCAUUUCUUUUCAGAAAUGAAGUUGUUAAAAAAAAUGAAAGUCCUUCUUUUGCUUGAUUGUCCAUGUUUAGAUUAAAACUACAUGUAUUUAAACUGGGAAUUCUUCUCCUGUUAAUUAUUACAACAUGACAAUUAUAUCACAAAGGAAUGGCAGUCAAUUCGUCGGGUAGUAUGGACUGCAAUUUAUUUCAUAAAAUUCACUUAUCCGAAUUCAUGUCUGUCCGAAAUUCUGUGUAGUCCGACAUUAACUCGCCAAUUUUUGUUAAAUUGCAUGUUGUGCAAGUAUUUAAAUUGAGAAGCUAAAUCUCGGUGUUAGCACUAACCUGUCUAAUCCUCUGAUGGCUCGAUAAAUAUUGAGGUCAGGGAAAACGAAAGUACACUUUGGCAGGUGGCGGUAAAAUGACGUAAUUUUAAGACUGGUAUACAUAUUGUUUUGAAAACUACAAAUCAGCGACUGUGAUGGUAUUGAAUCAGUCUAAAAUCUCCCAUGCACAUGUUUGCAACUGCCUACGGGUAAGAUUAAAUGGUUAAUUGUUUGGAGAUGUUGACAGCAGGUGGUAAGAUAAUUAAUGCCACAGGCGUGUAUCCCACGAUAAACAAGAUAGGGAUUAUAGAUAACUAUCAAAAUUAUGUUUGAAGAGUAUUUCUGGGCUAUUCUAUAUUGCAUUUUAAGUAUUUUCUAAAAUUCUAGAUUGGGUCCGAGAUACGAUUUUUCGACAGAGAAUUUUUUUUAUUUAUAUUUUUUACGGGAGGUUUUCAUGUCCCGGCAGGAGACCGGGAGAUAUACUGAAAAUACGGGAGAAAAAGGCUCCCGGCGGGAGAUACGGCAUGUAUGGUUUAUGCCGGCAUUUUCUCUUUUUGAACUUCAUGUAACUUCCAACUAGUCAUUUUCAUUUCAUCAUAGAUAGCCCUUGGGCCAAUACUGGUCUGGUAUACCAGUAUCAUCUUAAGGCAUUUCAGUCUAGUUUUGUAACUUUAUAUUGCUCUUUUGUUGAAAACCAGAUUUUCAAAAGAUAUUGUUCAUCAAGUGAUAGAUGCAGUUUACAAGAAUGAUGUAAUUCAUUUACAACAUUAAUUAUUAUAUGGAUUCUAGGGCUGUAAUUUACUUCUUAUUUACCAUGUUAGUGAAAUUGUGUUAAUUUUUAAGGUUUUGUUUUGUUAUAUCGUUAUUUGUUUUGAAAAUAUUGUCAUCAUGUCUUUGAUAGUAUAAAAUUUUGAUAUUUUGUACACCUGAUAGUGCACCUGAUAUCACUAGAAGAGUGCCAGAAGACAGUGUUACAUGACCAUGUCAGCCACGUGCUGUGUGUGUACAUUUAAGUUAUGUGCAAGUAAUAUUUGCAGUAAAAAAGUAUGCUCUUGCAUUAAACUGGGCAAAAUAAUGAGACCAAAGACACAUUUUGUUGUUUAAAUGCAGUGUGAGUACUGGUACUGGUAUUGGUAUUCAUCUACAUUAUCUGGAUAACAAGCAGUUUUAUUAACCCAAAAUACAAAUUAUUGAUACUGCUACAUGUGCUCGCCACUGUGUGAAAAUCAGUGUUAGGGCUAUGAGACCAGCAAGAAUCUAGAUCAGUGCACAUCCAUACUGUUUGUUAAAUGUUGAUUUCAACACUUAAUGUAACUGGUAAGCAUACAGUAUGAAUCCAGGUUAGAUUACACAGAUAGGCAAGGUUGAUUUGGAUCAUCCGUGCAUCCAUACUCCACCCAAAGCCCUAACAUUGGUUUUCACACAGCAGUGCUCAUGUAUUGUUUUAUGAAGGUUCAAGCCCAUUUUAUAUGACUAUAAUAGUGUUGAUGAUAAUAUGAUAUAUAAUUAUACAUAAUAUUAUAUUUCUUGCGUUUUUUAAAGACUGAAAAUGUUCCGAAAUAGGUUGUGUAAAACUCUUAUUUAUCUCUGUAUUUCAUGUAGUAUUGAUGGAAUGAUUUUGGCAUAUCAUCAUGUGAUUUCUUACAUACCAGCAUCGUCACAUUAAAAUAUACCAUCUGCAGUAAGGAUACUUUGAUGAUCCAUGGUAUUUCAGCUUUGUUAAAUUAUAAUAUUUUUCAUUCUCUUUCUGGGUUUUGUUUUCUGUUUAACAUAUUAAAGAAGAAAUCCUAAAUUUACAUGAAUGAUAUACUUUCUUUAUCAGGAAAUAUUACAUUUAAUGAUUAUGCAAAUUUUACAAAAUUGGUAGAAAUUCAGCUCCGCAUAUUAGUGUGACAUGUUGUAUAUUCAUUUCCUGAGUAUUGCAAGCUUUAAUUGAACAGACAAGUCUCUCGAUUGUAUAUUAUUAAGUGUUUUCGUCACUGCAUCGGGUUUGUAAAAUAAAUGAAAGUAGAUCUAUGUAGAAACUGUUUAUUAAAAACCUGUUGUUAGAUUUGACUGUGGUAGUAUUUAUGAAUGUAGAGAUUUUGUUACCCACUUUUUAAUUAUUGUGAAAUAUGAAUAUUUUGUCUAUCUUUAUUAAAUGUGUGACCUAUCUGCACUCUUUGUUUUGAAAGUAGGUGCUGAUAUAUAACAAUAAAGUCAUCUAUAUCUCUU